UCCCAUUACCUCACCAGACCAGUGCAUUAUUUACAGAUAAAUAAUAUUAUAAAGAGGAUCCCUCUGCCUCCCACACACACAGCCUCCUUCCAGAAGCUCCAGUACUUUAUCCUCGAGUAGCAGCUAGAUCCCUUGCAGCAAAAGAACCUUGAACUCACAGAAGCCACGUGACUGCAGUGACCUCAUCUGUACUUUAACCGGACUGGAUCUAGCUGCUACCAGGUGUCACGUUUAUAGCAUCUGACAAAGAACAAGAUGAACAAAUGCAGGAAGCAGAUAGCAGAGCAGUUCCUGAGUCAGGCCCUGGGCAUCAUCUGCCUGCUGACCGGAGAGGAAUACAUUAUUGUGAAGAAGAGGCCCUCCCACAGCAGCGUUCAACAGCUGAGCGGAGAGGUGCCUAUAAAGUGUGAUGAUGUUGCUGUGUAUUUCUCUAUGGAGGAGUGGGAGUAUAUAGAGGGACACAAGGAGCUUUACAAGGACGUCAUGAUGGAGACUCACCAAGCACUAAGGACUAUGGAGAUCCCAGGAAAUGAGCGCUCAGAAUUAACUGGUCACAUAGAUGAAAAUCUAUACACAGGAGCUCAUAGAGAACUGGUACAGAAUAUUCAGCCAGUGGAGACCCCAUCAGACAUCUCUGCAGAACUAACAGGUCACAGUGUUGAAAAUCUAGACACAGGAGCACAUGGAGACCUACAGAAUAUUCAGCCAUCGGAUGUCUCUGCAAAUGACAUUAAUACUGACGUAGAUCUGAGUGUAACGUGUCAGCUGGCAGCUCCAAUGCAGGAAUUGUGUGACCGUGACAAUGAAGAUGUAAACAAUGCUAAAAUUGUAUGUAACACGGAACAAACAGAAGAUCAGUGGCUAAGUAAUAUGCCAGAAGCUGCAAAGCAGGAAAUAUGUUACAAUAUAAGUACAGGUGAAAACGAUGCUACGAUUUCAUGUAACAUGGAGCAAACAGAAGAUCAGUGGCUAAGAAACGCAGAACCAUCAGAGCAGCAAAUUUGUGCCACUAUAAAUACAGAAUUGCCUGAGUAACACAGUUGGCUGGCUUGCUGCUUAUCCCAGAAGGUGUAGUUGACACGUGAAUUCACAAACUGCAAUAAUCCUAGU